AUGGAUGGCUCAUUUGAGCUGACCGACAUUGGCCCGCCCCUUGUGAUGCCCCAUUCGGGCUGGGCUGGCAUGGGACCGUUCCAUAUGACCGCCGGACCUGUGCCUGUUGGUCAUGGGUCUAGGUCUGCGGGAAAGCAAGCCCCAUCUGUCCCCUGGCGGCCCAUGGCACCAAUUGGAGCUUAUCUGACACCUGGCAUGACCGCUCAAGCAACCAACCAUGUGAUGGACAAUCCGCCUCGCAAAGCCCCCAUCUGUUUAGAUUUUUCCCUAUAUGUCAAGAGCAUCAACAUCCCUGAGUUCCCUCAUGCCAGAUGGGUCGAUGCCGGGAACGGUUGGGUGAUCAUCUCGCCCACCUGUGAACUUGCGUCAGAAGAACAAGACGGUCAUCCGGGGGCCCAGGAGUUUCGAGAGUUUGCAGACCAAGCUUACCACGAGUUUCCGAACCAAGUGCCCUUCAAAAUUGUCAUGUUACAACCGCCGGGGAAUGUGGUUGCCAAAGGCGCUAAGGAGAGCAUCGACGGGAACCAGGCCAGUAAAAACGACGGGCUUGCCAAAGCACCCGCUCCAAUGAGGCCCCGCAUCCGACCAACCAAGAGCAAACUCCGCCUGGCACCGCACAAUGAACAGCAACUCACCGAGGCCUUGCCAGCAAAGAGGGGCCUGGUCCCUGAGGAAAAUGGAUCCGCCCAGGCAAUGGACGAGUCCAAGAUGGCCAUCUCUAACCACGUCGGUGAAGGCGAGACAGGUCCUUCCGAUCGCCCUGCAAAACAUGCGAAGAAGGCAAAAACACCGGUCGCACAUGACACUGACAAUAUUCAUGAGGUCAUUUGUGGGCCAUUGGCGGUUCAACAACCCGCAACCCCUCCGGCAAACAGUCAUUCAGGUGUCUUCCGAGUGCCCUUGGGCCCUGAAAGCCCCCAGUUGGAGGCAGUAGAUAUGGAGACUUACUUGAUGGUCUCUCAUAUCAAGCCAACGGAUCAGGCCACCCGCCGUCGCUCAAGGACCCACGGAAUCAUCCACUGGACCUUCUUCCGGGAAACAUCUGAGGCGAAGCUGUUAGAAUUGGGGUUCACCUUGGGCAUUGCCCGUUUGCUUUGUGAGGGGGUUCCUCGAUUAGAAGCUUAUGUCACCGAGAGAUCUGUCCCCUUAUAG